UGUGUGUGUGUGUGUGUGUGUGUGUUGCGGCGGUGGGCGGGGUUUCGCGCUCACACUAAAUAUUCAAAAUGGCGAACAGAGGAUCAACGACUCAAGAUGAGAGCUCGACUGCAGAUCUGAGCAAAGGCAGCAUGGAGAACGGCGCACAUGGAGCUCAGGCCAACGGUCUGGCUGGCCACAAACCGAGCGGCCAAGCAGCGGUCAGCGGCGUUCAGACGCAGGAGCUGCUCCAGCAGUUGAGCAUGACUCCAGCGCAGCUGUUGCAGACGCAGACGCAGCUCCUGGCCGCAGGUCAACAGAGCAGCACCACCGGAGCCAGUAUCUCCGCCUCCGCGGCCACGCCCAUCACACUGUCCCAGCCCAUUCAGAUCGCGUCUCCGCAGGGCUUGAACCUGCAGCAGUUUGUCUUGGUCCAGCCGGGUCACUCCCUCAGUCCUCAGUUUCAGCCGCAGUUCAUCAUAUCUCCGUCUCCUCAGGGUCAGACCGGUCUCCUGCAAGCUCAGAGUGUCCUGACGCAUCUACCUCACAGCCCAGCGCAGAGCAGCCUCGCCCUCACCGCGCAGGCUGCUACACCGACGCGGAAGAUCGCAGCGAUGCCGGCUCCAGCGGCCGCUCCGAAGCGCAUCGACGCUCUGUGUGUGGAGGAGGCCAGCGACCUCGAGGAGCUCGAGCUGUUCGCCAAGAGCUUCAAACAGAGACGCAUCAAGCUGGGCUUCACUCAGGGAGAUGUGGGGCUGGCGAUGGGGAAACUCUACGGAAACGACUUCAGUCAGACCACCAUCUCCAGAUUCGAGGCCUUGAACCUGAGCUUCAAGAACAUGUGCAAACUCAAACCUCUGCUGGAGAAAUGGCUGAACGACGCAGAGCACAUGUCUGCGGACUGCGUGGUGUCGAGUGCGAGCGAGAUGUCUCCGGGUCUCUGCGAGAGUCUAAACCGCCGCCGCAAGAAGCGCACCAGCAUCGAGACCAGCAUCCGUCUGGCGUUAGAGAAGAGCUUCCUGGAGCAGAGUCAGAAGCCCUCGUCGGAGGAGAUCACGCUGAUCUCGGAUCAGCUGCACAUGGAGAAGGAGGUGGUGCGCGUCUGGUUCUGUAACCGCAGACAGAAGGAGAAGCGGAUCAAUCCUCCCAGCAGCGGCGGCUCGUCCGGAUCAGCCCUCCGAACCAUCUACAGCAGCGCCUCGGCCGCGGUGUCCAGCGGCACGAGCACACUGACGGUCAGUCCUGUGGUUUCUCUGAGCAGCAGCAACAUCUCUAACCUGACGUUCAGCGGCGGAGCUCUGGGUCAGGUGACGUCGAACGCACCCACCGUCAUCUCCAUGGCCACUCCUACUCCGAUCAUGACAUCAUCCUCCCUCAGCUCAUCCACCACUGCUGUCAAACAGGGAGGGGCGGUUUCCUCGGCGACAACGGUCACGCAGGGGGCGGGGCAGCUGCUGGUGACGGGCACAGGACUGGGCGGAGCUAAUCUGACGGCCUUCGCGGGUUUGAACCCGACGAUCAUAACACCGUCGCAGCUGAUCCAAGGCGGGGCGCUGCUGAGUUUGAGUCCUGCGCUGAUGAACAACAACCUGCUGGCCACCAUCCAGGCUCUGGCGUCUGGCGGCGCUUUUCCUCUGACCUCCAUCGACGGAAACACCAGCCUGCUAUUCGCCAACACCAGCACGGGAAACCCCGCCCCCAGCCUGGUGACCACGCCCCUCUUCCUCAACCCGUCCAGCUUCUCUCUGCUGCCGGCCAAUCUGCUGUCGGCGGGCGGGGCCGGAGGCGGAGCUCUCAACCUGCUGAUGAGUGGUGUCGUCGCGGCGGCGACAGAGUGUUGUGGUGGUCUCGGGGGUGGAGUGAGCGGUGUGGGUGUGGCUACGCCGUUUUCUGUGCUAUCACCAAAAACACUUGUGAACAAUCGUCUGCGUCGCACAUUUGAUGCUCAAGGAGACGGGGAGGAUGAAACUUAA